AUUGAUACUCCUCCCAAUUAAGAUAACGUCUUAUGUGACUACUCAAAGUGAGUGGCGAUAAUAUCUCUCCCUCAAAAGAAUUGCUUGGCCUCUAUAUUAGCAUGGGAUUAUGAUCACUUUGUCGGUUUGGGGUCUACUCCAAGUUACUGUUGGCAGAGCAUUAUGGCAGCCCAAGAGUUGGUUAAAGCGGGGGUACGCAAGCGUAUUGGGAAUGGGGUCGAAACAAUGGUGUGGGGUACUCCGUGGUUGUUGGACCGGGAUAACCCGUUUCUUCACACCGUGUUAGCUUCACCAAGUGCUAACUUGCCGGUGAGUUUUUUUAUUGAUGCGAAUAGGGGCUGUUGGAAUGUAGAGAGGCUUCAAACUCAUCUUGUGCAACGUGACGUGUCUCAGGUGCAGAUGAUUCCGUGUUGCCCUCGGCGUAAAGAUAGUUGGUUUUGGAUUGGCAGUGAGGACGGCCUUUACUCAGUGAAGUCGGGGUAUCGCAAGAUUAUGGGGGAGGCUACCCAAACUCCAGGUUUUUCACAAUGGAGCCGACUGUGGAGGAUUCCAGUAGCUCCCAAAGUAAAGGUUUGUGUUUGGCGUGCACUUCAAGGUAUCCUCCCAACUGUUUCGACCUUGAAUUCCAAAGGUUUGGAAAUUGAUAAUUGUUGUUCCAUUUGUGGCCAGCUGAGUGAAACAGUGGAUCAUUUGUUUCUUCUUUGCCCGUUUGCAGAAUAUGUGUGGGAACGCAGUAGCUUCCGGGUGGCUAAUCGAUCGGCGGCGAGUUCGUUCUCGAACUGGGUUCAGUUGGUGUUUCAGACAGCCACGUCCAGUGAGCUAAUCCCCAUAGUGUGGACAAUCUGGAUGAUUUGGAAGUGUAGGAAUGCAGCCGUAUGGGAACAACGGGUGCCAACCCCAGAGGUGACAUUGCAGGAGUCGUCGACGGUGACGGUGUACUCGUGGACCGGCCUCGACAGGAACGGCGGCAGGUGGACCAGGAGAUCGCAGACGCAUUCGUCGUCGACCUCCUUGAGCCACCUGCAGCAGUCCUUCUCCACGCGGGACUGGUGGUGGUGGUGGCGGCGGUUGUGCCGCCUCCUGUGCCUCCGCCGGUUCCGCCUGCUGGGCGGGGACGACGGGGGCGGGUGCGGCGGGGACGGCGUGUACGGCAGGAGCGCGCACGCGUGGUUCACCAGCGUGAACUGCGACGUGCACAGCGGGCGUUGCGCCACCACUGGCGACACCCACUUGCUGUCCUUCGCGGGCCCCGCCCCCAAAGAACGCGCCGCCGCCAGCAGAGACACUAGUAAUAGGAAUGCUGCUGAUGAUGAUGCUUUCAUGAAAGACGAAAUGGCCGGCGGUCAGGAUAUAAUGCUCUCAGCCUCGAUCAACCUUUUGUCUGCAAUUGCAUUCUUGGUGGCCUUCGCCAUUUUGCGGCUCCAGCCCUUCAAUGAUAGGGUAUACUUCCCUAAAUGGUACUUGAAGGGCAUCCGAGCGAGCCCCAGAAGUUCGGGCCCGCUCGUCCGCAAAUUUGUCAAUUUAGAUUUCAGGACGUACAUCCGGUUCUUGAACUGGACGCCCGCCGCGCUCCGGAUGCCCCAGCCCGAGCUCAUUGAUCAUGCCGGUCUCGAUUCCGCCGUCUACAUUAGGAUUUAUCUUCUUGGAUUGAAGAUAUUUGUUCCUAUCACAAUUCUAGCAUUUGCGGUCUUGGUUCCUGUGAAUUGGACAGGUGAAUCGUUGCAAAAUCACAAGGACUUGACAUAUGAUGGCAUUGAUAAGCUUUCGAUCUCAAACAUCGAUUCGGGGUCAAUUAGGUUAUGGGCACACAUUUCAAUGGCUUAUAUGUUCACAUUUUGGACCUUCUAUGUCUUGUACAAAGAGUACAAGAUUGUGUCUACCUUAAGGUUGCAAUUCCUGGCUUCUGCAAAUCGUAGUCCCGAUCAGUUCACUGUCCUUGUGAGAAAUGUCCCUCCUGACCUUGAUGAAUCUGUUAGUGAGCAUGUUGAACAUUUCUUCUGUGUAAACCAUCCAGAUCAUUACCUUAUACACCAGGUUGUAUACAAUGCAAACAACCUUGCAACAUUGGUGGAGAAAAAGAAGAACAUGUCAAACUGGCUCACUUACUACCAAACCAAAUUUGAGAGAAAUCCUAAAACAAAGCCCAAAACAAAGACAGGACCUUGGGGCCUUGUGGGAACAACUGUUGAUGCCAUUGAGUACUACACUUCUGAAAUAAAGAAGUUGAGUGAAGAAGAAGAGGUGGAAAGAGAGAAAGUGUUGAGCGAUCCAAAGGCGAUAAUGCCAGCAGCGUUCGUCUCGUUUUCGUCGCGGUGGGGAGCAGCGGUGUGUGCCCAAACGCAGCAGACGAGCAACCCGACCGUCUGGCUGACCGAAUGGGCACCCGAACCGCGAGACGUCUAUUGGAACAAUCUUUCCAUUCCAUAUGUGGAACUCAACAUAAGAAGGUUGUUCAUGGGAGUUGCCCUCUUCUUCCUCACCUUCUUCUUCAUGAUCCCCAUUGCUUUCAUCCAGUCUCUCGCUAGCAUUGAAGGCAUCGAAAAGGUCUUUCCUUUCUUGAAGAAAUUGAUUGAAAUGGACAUAGUGAAGUCUUUUAUCCAAGGAUUUCUUCCGGGAAUAGCAUUGAAGAUAUUUCUGAUAAUCCUUCCCUCAAUUCUAAUGGCCAUGUCGAAAAUAGAAGGCUUCACAUCACUCUCCUCUCUGGAGAGAAGAUCGGCGGGAAAAUACCAUCUCUUCCUCUUUGUCAACGUCUUCCUUGGAAGCAUAAUCACCGGAGCUGCUUUCGAGCAGCUCCAGACAUUCAUGAACCAGUCGCCGACCGAGAUCCCAAAGACGGUCGGCGUGGCCAUCCCCAUCAAAGCCACCUUCUUCAUCACCUACGUGAUGGUCGACGGUUGGUCCGGGAUCGCGGCGGAGAUCCUCAGGCUAACCCCGUUGGUCAUGUUUCACAUCAAGAAUAGCUUUCUGGUGAAGACUGAGAGGGACAGGGAGCAAGCCAUGGACCCCGGGUCCAUAACGUUUGCCACAUCUGAACCUCGCAUUCAGUUGUAUUUCUUAUUGGGACUUGUCUAUUCAGUGGUCACUCCUGUUCUCCUCCCUUUCAUCGUCGUCUUCUUCGCCUUCGCCUAUCUAGUUUUCCGCCAUCAGAUCAUCAAUGUGUAUGAUCAAAAGUACGAGAGCGGGGCGGCGUUUUGGCCCGACGUGCAUUUCAGAAUAAUCGUAGGGAUGAUAACAUCACAAAUUCUCCUUAUGGGGCUGAUGAACACCAAAGGCAUUUCCAGUUCAACUCCAGUCAUUCUGGUUCUUCCUGUUUUGACCAUCUGGUUCCAUCGCGUUUGCAAGGGCCGGUUCGAAUCCGCUUUCGUCAAGUUCCCGCUCCAGGACGCGAUGGUGAGAGACACGUUGGAAAGGGCGACGGAACCGAAUUUGAACCUGAAAGUGUAUCUGAAAGAUGCUUAUGUUCACCCGGUGUUUAAGGGCGGCAGCGAGGAGGCGGAGAGGGGAGUUGCCGGCGGUGUUACAGCGGCGGAUGAGGAAGAGAACAGCCCGCUGGUCUCCACCAAGAGAAGUUCCCAUAAGGGCAGCAAAAGAGAGUCCCAUGCCAGCACCUCCACUGCCCCUCCCAACUAAUUACCCAGCAUUAACUAACUAAUUACUGAGUAUUAACUGAUUACAACUUCUUCACAUAUAUAGAACUGCAUGCAAGCAUUGCCCGUUAAUUACUUUUCUAGGGCCUUUUUGGGAAUAUCUUUAGACAUUAGCAUCAGCGUUUUAGAUAAAAUUUUAACGGUGUAGAUUAUUUUGAAAACGCUAACGCUAAACGCUGUACGUAGAUAAUCUUUUCAAAACGCUAAUAUUUAUCUCUAACGAUAUUCCCAAAGAGGCCCAAAAUCUUUUAAUAAUUACUCACUCUUUCU